AUGGGUUUUCGGCGUGACCGCCGUAGCUCGGCUUCCUGUAGCUCUGUGACCUUGCGCAAGCCCCUGAACUUCCCCACGCCCGGCACCGGAAACCUAACGGUUUUAGGCAGAGAAGAAACCGAAACUGAGGCUUCCCCCCGGGCCGGCUCGCUGCAGAACGCCGUGCUCGGAUGCUUUCCCAGCCCUCGCUGCCCUGCCUCUAAGGUCUUGAAAUCUCUGUCUUUCCAGGUUCAGUUCCAGAAGCUCCAGCAGCUGCGCCUGACGCAGUACCACGGCGGGUCCCUCCCCAACGUGAGCCAGCUGCGCAGCAGCGCCUCGGAGCUCCAGCCGUCGUUUCAUCAAGCUGAUAGCGUGCGGGGCACCCGCCACCACGGGCUGGUGGAGAGGCCGUCGAGGACCCGCUUUCACCCCCUUCACCGCAGGCCUGGAGACAAGCCUGGGCGGCAGUUUGAUGGGAACACAUUUGGAGCCGGUUACUCCUCACAGCCCCUGGACGAGAGCUGGCCGAGGCAGCAGCCCCCUUGGAAAGAAGAGAAGCAUCCGGGGUUCAGGCUGACGUCUGCACUGAACAGGACCAAUUCCGAUUCUGCUCUUCACACCAGUGCUCUGAGCACCAAGCCCCAGGACCCCUACGGAGGAGGCGGCCAGUCGGCCUGGCCUGCCACGUACAUGGGCUUCUGCGACGGCGAGAGCGACGGGCACGCAGAAGUGGCCGCCUUCCCCGGCUCGUUGAAGGAGGAGGAUCCGGUGACCGUGCCCCAGCCUCUGCCCCGGCAGCUCUGGGAGACGCAGGAGAUGCAGUCCCUGUCCGGGCGCCCGCGAUCCUGCGACGUUGGAGGUGGCAACUCUUUUCCACACAACAGUCAAAACAUGGGCCUCUCACCCUUUCUGGGGACCCUGAACACUGGAGGGUCGCUGCCAGACUUAACCAGCCUCCACUACUCGGCGCCCCUGCCGGCCUCCCUGGACGCCGGUGACCACCUCUUCGGCGGCAUGAGCAUGGGGGACAGUGUGGGCAACCUCCCUGCUGCUAUGACUCACCUGGGCCUCCGAAGCUCUUCUGGUCUCCAGAGUUCCCGGAGCAACCCCUCCAUCCAGGCCACACUCAACAAGGCAGCACUCUCCUCGUCCCUGAACAGCCACCCACAGACCCCUGCUGCCAGCGCCUCGGCUCUUCACCCCUCCCUGCGCCUCUUCUCCCUCAGCAACCCGUCUCUUCCCACCAGCACGCUGAGCGGCCCUUCUCGGCGCAGGCAGCCCCCCGUGAGCCCGCUCACGCUCUCUCCCGGCCCCGAGGCGCAUCACGGCUUCGGCAGACAGCUCUCUUCAACCAGCCCGAUGAACCCCUAUCCUGCCUCGCAGAUGGUGUCCUCCGAUGGGAGCCCGCUGUCCUUCCUGCCCGCAGAAGCUCAAGCCCAAGCGUCCCCGCCUCCCCCGUACCCCGCGCCCCAGGAGCUGCCCCAGCCUCUGCUGCAGCAGCCGCCCCCCCAGGGGCCCUCUGCUCGGCCACCAGCAGCCUCAUCGCUGCAGCAGCCGGACUUCCAGCUCCUCGCAGCCCAGGGUUCAUCUUUGACCAGCUUCUUCCCAGAUGUGAGCUUCGACCAGCAGCCCUUGAGGCCAGGCCCAGCCUUUACGCAGCAGGUGCCGCUGGUGCAGCAAGGUCCCCAGGAAGCACAGGACUCGUUUCAUUUGAGACCAAACCUGUACUCCAACUGCGGGAAUUUCCCCAACACCAUCCUCACAGAAGACUCGAGCUCUGGCCUGUUCAGGGACCUCAGCAGUGCGCUGGCGGGCAUGCCCGAGGCCAGCCUGAACAUGGACACUCCGUUCCCACUGGAAGAGGAGCUCCAGAUUGAGCCCCUGAGCCUGGACGGGCUCAGCAUGCUGAGCGACUCCAUGGGCCUGCUUGACCCCUCUGUUGAGGAGACGUUUCGCGCUGACCGACUGUGAACAGGAGGAACAGAACGGGAGGGCUUCUAUCUGAGACGGCUCAAGUGGAACAGAACAGAAUGGAGCCAGCUCCACCCCUGGGCUUUCGUUAUCUCAGGCUUCUGACUUGGAGAGACCUGAUUCCACGGCUCCCAGCUUUCUGCUGACGUCCCGUCUCACGCACCGUGGCUGACUGGGCCGCAGAGCUGCGCACUGCCCUUCAGGCCUGUGGCAGGUUACGCUGCUGCAGGAAGGCUGGUUUGGGCUUGCAGUGCACUGGUCAUCGCCGUAACCACCACGUCUUUUUGUCGGCCAUCUAGCCGGUCAGUGCGUAACAGUAGAAAAUACCAUGGAAUGGAGGCCGCGAUCCCACUGGGCAGCGCUCAGAACCACUGAUCUCAGCCCGUCCUGGAGACAGGGCCCGGCUGGCGUGGGAGGCGGCUGGGCCCCGGCCUUCGGGCGUCGGCUCUGCCUCGAGUAGGUACCACAGCCCCAGGCGCCUUCUCUGGCUGUGUGGCUGGGCCCCUGCCGGCUGGUGGCAGGCGCGCUCGGGGCAGAACGAGAGCCGCAGCUCUCCGACGCCCUGGCUCUAACGUGAAGAAUUUGCGCUGCGAGUUCAAGAACAGGCUUGAAUUAAGCGAGCCGAGCGGCCAAUUGUUCUUCCCGUUCGUUUCCCUUUCCUGCUGCUUCGCUCACCUUUUCCUUGGGACAGGAGGGAGGAGCCUAUCCAUUCAGUCACCAAAGAAAAAGACCCUGGUAGGGGGUGAGCCUGAGAGAGAGAGCAGCGCUUCUCGGUGGCCGAGGAAGGAAGUGGGCCUGAAGGUUUCUCGCAGACACAUGACAUCCUUCGGACAGGCUCUGGACAGGCGCCAGACACGUACAGGCCGCCCUGUACACAGCGCCCGGAGGGAGCGGCCAGCGGUUCGGAUCAGACUCGGUCACUGAGCAGCAGCCAAGUGACGCUCUUCCUCUGUGGGACGGGGGUGUUCACGUUACUCCACUGGACCCUCCGCUCCUUGAGGGUGGGCAGGGACUGUGCCUCACUCACGUGGAACCCUCAGUACCGACAAGUGCCUGGCACUGAGCAGGUGCUGUGUAGCCGUGUGCUGAACGUG